AUGGCCCCUUCGGCACACUCCAACACCCGUAGCAACACAGCAUCACCUGCCCAGAGCAACAACACCGGCGACAUGACGCGAUCACCUUCAGCUGAGCCGUCUAAGACGACCAAGAGAAAGGGCACACGAAGCGUCUCAACUCUCACACCAUCACAGCUUGCUCGCAAGAGAGCCAAUGAUCGUGAGGCGCAAAGAGCGAUCAGGGCGCGGACCAAGGAGCACAUCGAGAGACUCGAGCGUGAGCUCGAGGAGCUCAAGAGCAAGCAGAGUCGUGAUGAGACUGUCCAGGACUUGCUCAAGAGGAACAAAGCUCUUGAGAAGGAACUUCGAAGCCUGCGAGAGACAAUGGGAAUACAGACAUCCCAACACUCUUAUUCAACGCCGGAUGGCCUCUCAUUACCCAACUCUGGUGUCCCGUCCAGCACUGCAUCACCGCUGGGACAGCACGCGGCGCAUUACAAGCAAUCACCGGAUUUCACGGCCACCUCCUACAUGCCAUCUCCGGAACCCGUCGAGGCAUGGGCUUCUCAGAUUCCGUGCUCGAUGCCCUCAACGACCUCGAGCCCGUCGUCCACAAGUCACAUCGAGGAGUACAAUGGCUACAUUCCCACAAGCGCGCCACCGCUGGUUGACGGGGCCUCUGUGGCUCACUCCAACAUGGCCUACCCGCCGGAGGUGAAGUACGAGGAGUACGAGCGCAUCGACAAUGGUGAGAUCCUUUCCCUUUACCCUCGUUGCCACUUCAGAUUCUGA